GCAAAAAGUGCACUCCUUUUCCCCCUCUCUCUCCCUCCAGAGAGGGGAGAAAAAGAAAAUAUCUUCUUCUUGAUAUUUUUUGUUGUAGCUUCACAACCAUGCGGAGCAAAUCCCGCCAAUCUCCUUCUCGGCGAUCGAAAUCGCGUAAACUUAAAUACAUCAGCAUCAGCCGCCAUUUUACGCGGUCGACCGAGAUGAGUAACACCGUCGAUAGUCGGCGCGAGCGGCGCCAUCUGCAGCAGCAGCAGCAGCAGCAGCAGCUGGAUCUCUUUCCGCUCCACCCGGAGAACGACCGCGAUCCCCACGUCGCCUAUCUCCUCGAUUCGGGCAACGGCAGCAGCAUCGACAUCGGUGCUCCCAAUCUCACCGACCUCCUCGGCGGCUCCACCGCCUCCUCCUCUCCGGCUUCGUCACCUUUGGAUUGGGACUGCGGCAGCGGAGGAGUUGACGGAGAUGGGCUGGCGAGGAAGGCGCUGCGCGGAAGGGAGAGGUGGGUGUACUGCUGCGCGUCGUCGUCGUCGGAAGAGGAGGUGGCGAGUGGCGCCACCGCCGCCAGCGGAAUUGAUCAUUAUUUGUGGCGCGACCUGCCGCCGCCGCCGGCGGCGGCCCUCUCUCUUAAGCUGGACUAUGAAGUGAUCCUCACGGCUUGGUCCGGCCGCGGGUCGCUUUACAUCGACGGUGAUGGGCCUCAAGUUGUUCCUGAGAUCUACCACACCGCCUCGCCGGUGUUGGUGGAGGUGGGGUCGGGACCGGCGGGGAUGUGGAGCGUGCCGGAACAGAAGUGCGGCAGCAGCAGCGAUCGGAUGGAGGAGGACGAGAAGGUGGCGGGGAACAGGGAAGCGAGGGUGAAGCGUUACAAGGAGAAGAGGCAGAGCCGCCUCUUUGCGAAGCGGAUUCGCUACGAAGUGCGCAAGCUCAACGCCGAGAAACGGCCUCGCCUGAAGGGUCGAUUUGUAAAGAUGAAAGAUGAUAUGUGAAAAGCUUCCUACAAUACCUGGAUUUUAAUCCAGAUCCACCUUUCCUAGAUUACGAAUAGAUAGUUGUUGUGAUUAUGUUUGAGCAACUACACUUUGUCAACAUGUAAAUUGGGAUUUCUUAAAACGGGCACGUGAAAUGCUCGUUACUACAAAGUCAAUUUUUAGCACAAUGAUCUUUUUCUCAUCCACCUACUCUAAAAUAAUAAAACGAAGGCCUUGUUCGGUA